UCCAAAAUUGUCUAGAAAAUCUAAUGACAGUAUCUGCGUUCGCUCAACGAAAGAAUCAUUGCGAUAGAAAAUUCGUUAUAAUCCGAAAAGAAUUUCAAACAUGACAUAUGUUUAUAUGAAUUCUUUUAUUAUUUUGAUAUACUGAAAGUAUCUCUAAAAUAUUUCUCAUUUAUUUUGGGAUAUCAUGUAUAGCAUAUAGUAUAUAUACGAGCACAAGCGCGAGAUAUAAAGUGCGGAUGAAAUAAAAACAAUGGACUUAAGAUCAAUUAAUACGUACAGGCAUCUCAUCAAAACGUUACUCUCCUUUUUCUUAUACUAAUUUCUCGAUUCUCGUCAAUUAACUGCAACUGUGAAGUCAAUUAACGAUAUAUAAUUACUAUAUUCUGUAAUACAAUGCUAUGAUACGUUAUACGAUGUUGCGAUAUCGCAUAAUAUACAAUGCUUCAGCUUUGAAUGAAAUGUGUGCGCGUACGCAUAAAUAUAUCGAUCGGUCAAUCGAUUGAUCGAAAGUAAUAUCGAGUGAAUGAUUUUAACGAGUGAAACGAAGAUAUCGAAUAAGACAAAGAAAACGCGAUGAUUCGAAAAAAAUCAUAAAAAAAAUACGAUGGGAUUGGUAGAAGAGCCAUUGACCAUAAAUAAAUAACAGGGGUAGAGGGGAAAAGUAGUGUCGAUCUCGUUGGUGCGCUCUGAGAGAUUCCUUGGAGUCGUAUUUACAAUCAGAAUCGAAACACACGAGACCGAGAGUUGGCUGCGCGCGUAACGCGCGAUAGAUCGCGAAACUCAUGGCUCGCGCGAGAGCGAGCUCCAUAUCGGAGAUAACAAAGAAAGAGGAAGAAACUAAUAAAAACAUCAAAUUAAAAGAUAAUGUCGGUGAAGCUCAUUCGUUAAUGGAAAAUAAUUCCUUGAGGAUUCCCGCUUUAGCAAAACCACCGGACGGAGGAUGGGGCUGGGUUGUCGUCUUUGCGUCUUUUCUCAUACACGUUAUCAUCGAUGGAAUGACCUAUUCUUUCGGUGUAUUUUACUUGGAACUUCUUUAUUACUUCGAAGAGGGAAAAGGAGCUACUGCCUGGAUUGCUUCGAUACUCGUCGGCGUAACUUUGUGUUCAGGUCCGAUAUCUGGAUCUUUUGUGAAUAAAUAUGGCUGUCGAGCGGUCACGAUAGCUGGCUCGAUUUUCGCCAGUGCUUGUCUAUUAACCAGUGUUUGGGCAGGUAGUAUCGUUAUGUUAUAUUUCACCAUUGGUCUUGGAACAGGUUUAGGCUUCGGAUUAAUAUAUUUACCAGCCAUAGUAAGCGUUACUUGUUACUUCGAAAAGUAUCGUUCUUUAGCUACAGGUAUAGCGGUUUGUGGUUCAGGUUUAGGAACUCUUAUUUUUGCUCCUUGUUUGGAAUCUCUUAUAUCAAAUUAUGGAUGGAGAGGAACAAUGAUGAUAUGUUCCAGUAUUGUUUUAAAUUGUAUCAUACUUGGAGCAUUUUUCAGACCACUCGAAACUCCAACGCUUAAGAAGAAUCAUAAUUCAAAGGGCAUAUCUGAGGAACUACAAAGUAUAAAUAAGUCUUCUGCGUUUACUAAACGACAAGAACGUUCGGACGAAGUAAUCAAUCCGGAAAACAAUAUAAAAUUCAAUGUAGUUAAUUUCGAAAAGAAAGUUAUGCCGAGUGGUAUAAGGACUGCUUUGAGUCAGCCUGUAUUAAUUACUAAAGUCAGCAGUCAGCAUAAACAAUCGCUUAUAAGGACAUUUGGAAGUAGCGAAGUAACCAGGUGCCAUAAUGGAUUACAUCACGGCAGUCUAGAAAACAUUCGUAAUUAUUUUAAGUCUUUGAUUGUUGAUAAUAAAGAGGACAUUAUUCCUCUAGAUACAUACUCUAAAAAUAUAUCAAACAAAGCUGAAAUUAAAAAGACUGAAGAUAAUAUAACGCUGUCCUCUGAACAAAAAAGAGAUGUACUUCAAGAAAUUAUGGACACUUCUCUGUUAAAAAAUCCUUUGUUUCUUAUUUUUACUCUUUCUAAUUUUUGUACCAGUAUUGGAUUUAAUGUGCCUUAUGUAUAUCUACUGCCGCAAGCAGAAGAACGAGGAAUAAACAGAAGUUUAGCUAGUUAUUUACUUGCAAUUAUUGGAGUAGCCAAUACUUUAGGUCGUAUUAUUCUGGGAUAUAUAUCUGACAAGCCAUGGAUCAAUCGACUCUUUGUGUACAAUAUCUGUCUCACGAUCUGUGGAAUAGCUACAAUAUUUAGCACCUUUUGUACCAAUUUUACUGCUUUUGCAUUUUAUUGUAUCAUUUAUGGUUUUACUGCUGGAGCAUACGUAGGCCUUACUUCUGUUAUUCUAGUAGAUUUAUUAGGCUUAAAUCGUCUUACAAAUGCUUUUGGACUGUUAUUACUUUUCCAAGGCUUUGCAUCUUUUCUUGGACCACCUAUAGCAGGUUGGCUAUACGAUGGACUUGCUUCAUACGAUCCUGGUUUUUAUACUGCAGGCAGUAUGAUUGCUAUUAGUGGUUUGAUGUUAUUUUUUAUUCCUGUACUUCAAAAAAAAGAAAAUGAAAAAGAACUGAAUAGAUUAAGUAUAAUGAAUUCUCAAUCGGCAUAG